AUGCAGCAUGAAAGACCAGGCGAAGUGUUUGAUCAAGUGCGACGAGGCGAAAUGCAGCUCAAGGGUGCUCGCGAAUCGAAAAAUGGAGAAGUCGGAAAAGCUUCGGGCAAUGACAGGGCAAGCGAGGCAGUGCUAGAUAGAAUGCAGAGUGGAGAAUCCAAAGAGACAAUUGCAGAAGAAAUAGAUGAUAUCCAAAGCGUUGGGUCUCCUCUCAAGCGCCCCAGGACGAGUGUGAAUGAGAGUUUGGGAGCGCUCGACAACAUCUGGAACAUAAAGGCUGUCAACAGCAAAAAAGGACGCCUUGACGUGAUACACGAAACUAGGGAACUGCUCACAAACUCUGUUGCAGAGUUGAUACAAGACGGAAAGAAGGCACAUCAUAAGUGGGCGCGAGUCCAACAAGAGCUUGAUCUAGCAAACGAAUACAUUUCUUCUAAAACACACGAAAUCGAACGCCUCCGAGCCUUGGACGCAAAGAAUCGGGAGAAUAUUUCGAAACUAUUGCGCACUGUGACCUCGACGAAUGAAGCAACCCAGGAGCAAAGCCAAGCCAAAGUAUCGGAAGCUCGCUUGCGCUCAGAUUUGCUUCAAAUGACAAAAUCUCGGGACGAAGCCAGACAAAGGCUUAGCAAAACAGAAAAGCGAUGCAAGCUUCUAGAGAAAGAUCUCGCGGGAGUCAAGUCAAAGUUGGCCCAAGAGCUACAGGCAAAGAAACAAAUGCAACACCAUCAACAAGCUGCCGAGUCACUGAAAAAUGCAUUCCAUGGUGGCAACCAGUCAAAUAUUGACUAUUACAAACGCAAGGUGACAGAGCUGAACACUCAUGUUCAAGGGCUUACCUGGAUUCUGGCCGAGCGCAAUCGAGAAAUUGAAUUGCUUCAACAUCAAAAGGAUCGCUUUUUGACUCAGAAUCAGCAAUCUUCUCGACGCAAAGAGGCCAAAGGAACAACGAGAAGUCGAAAGUAA